CAAUAUUCACGUUAAAUAAUGGACUUUGAACAAGAUGUUGUUUUAUUAUGAAGGGUCAGUUACCACUACGCAGGAAUACCGUACUGAAGCACGAUCCGUCACACAAUAGUUCCGGUCACAACGUUUUUUCUUCCAUAAUGUAAUAUUGUUAACUUUAAUGUUUAUAAAAUUACAUGGUUUUACGUAAGUUGAUUAAAGGGAACACAUUUUUUUCUGAGCUUGGAUGCAAAAAAACGUAAUGUAUUUAAACAUUGAAAAAUACGUUUGAAUAUUGCAGUCAAAAUUCUGUAGUCUGUAUUAUAUAUGUUUUUUCUUUACUUGCGUCCCAUGCGACUUUUGUCCUUUAAGCUAUGAUUAAAAAAAACAUGGUUUAAAACGUACAAUAUUUUAUUUAAACACAAUUAAACAAAUAAUUAAAUUCGAUUAAUGAAAUACCCAGUCUAUAAAAUGGGCAUUCAUUGACAUGAAAAUUACACGAUAUAUUUUAAUCUCAUUAUAUCAAUUUGACAUUUAGGUUUUGUUUUUUGUUUUUUGUUUUUUUUUGAGCUUGUCUGUCUCUGAACCUGUCGUCAUGGUGAGGAAGAAAUAGACGAUGAGAAAGAAAGAACAUGUGACCACAUCCUGUCAGAACUAACAGGCGACACACACACUGAAACACAGAGUGUCUGUAAGUGUUAGUCAGCAAUGUUUCAGUCCUGCAUUUUUUCAGCUCCUACUCCUUCCUUCGCCUCCUGGAGUCAAAAUGAAAAUCCUCCUCCUCAGGUCUUCCCUAACCAGCACCCAGACUUCAGCCAAAACCCGAGUCUAGCUUUGAAUUAUACAGGUUUGGGAAAUGUGGACUGGACAGAAUCUGGAGUCUCCUGUUUACACCAUAGCAACACAUACUCUGAUCUAAACUUUUACAACCAGAACCAGAUCCAGAACCAGGCCCUUUUUAGUGCUGGUGGACUUGGGCCACAUGUGAACCACAGCGCCCUCUUUGGCAGUCAUACGUAUGAACAAAGUAUUACAGCUGAUGUGGGUUCUCAGGAACCCUGGGUUCCUCAGGAUUUUCAUCUGGAUUCCAGGUCCGGAGCUCUCUGCAUGGAUACCUGGACCUCCCAGAUCACUGACAACUGCAGCCAGGACUUGUGUAGUCCACAGGCACAAUAUCCUAGUCCUCAUUAUCCACAAAUCCCCAACAUCAGUCCAGAUCAUCAAAUGUUCCACACAAAGCUAGACAUGAGCCUGUACCAGACCUUUAGUCCUGAGUCCUUGGAGUCCAGUCUACACCUGAACCAGACUAAUUUGGUCCAGGACCACCUGAGUCUCUUCAAUGGGAUUUCACAGAGUGUUACGCCCUCUGUUGGACAAACAGAAGAAGAAAUCAUGUCCUGGAUAAAAACAACACCAUCAACACAAAGCUCAAAGCUUUCAAAGAAAAGACUGCUGUGCACAGGCUGUCAGCAGGUUUUCAGGAGUUUGUCAGCUAUGAACAGUCACAUUUGCGAUACUAAGACUCCUCCCAUUCAAACCUCAGCUUCCACAACAAGUUCUGCCUCCAGAGCAACAUCCCAUGCUCAGAAAGAAUACAGGAGCUGCAGUGUCUCGUCUGCAGCCACAGGUGGCGCUUUGCCGCUGUACACCAGUCUCAUGCACCUGCAGGACGGGAAACUGGAUUUGGACCAAGAACAGACAGUUGGACCACACUACAUCCCUCCUCCCAUGCUGUCUCCCAUGAGGGCAGGACCUGGACUGUACUGCUCAAUCGCCGCCACUAGGAGUGAGCAGAGAACUGUAGCCUGGAGUGGCGAAGGUGGACGCCAAUGCUUUUCAGCCUUUGAAACACUAACCAAUCAGGCGAGGAUCAAUGUGGGGAAGGACUUCCAGGCUGAGAUACCAUCCCUCCGUCACCUCAGACAUGCCCGCUGUGACUCCCACAAUGCAGUGCUUCUCUGGGCACCUUGGGAGGGGCUUAAUGAAGCUGUCAAUCAACAAAGAGUUACUGCCCUGCUGUCAAUGGUUCGAUCAAGUGUGAUGCCAAGAGGGGGAGCCAGUGCGGACCACGCCCUCCAAAUCCUAUCAGAGAGCAGAGGAAACUUCUUGGAAACUGUGGAGAAGCUGCUGUCAAAGCCCAGCGAUGUCAAGAAACCGAAAGGGUCAAAGGUCGACAAGAUCCUAUAGUGCUACAUGGAACAAGAAACCGUGGACAACAACAUCAAUGAAGGGGAUAUUUUUGUUACUCUGACAUUGAUGUUUUUCCACUGAGCACUUUUAAAUCUAACACAGUUAGUGUGAGCAUAUAGAAAGAAAUUGAAUUUUAAUUACUUUCUAUAAUUUAAAGUAUGUUUUCUGAGGUAUUUGUUAGCUAACUGAGUGUUUUUUUUCCACAGUUUUGCUGAGCUUCUUCUCAGAAAAGUUUUUAGCAGCACUAUUUUUUAAUGUUUCAAAAUGUUUUCAUAUCUUGUAUAACCUUUAGUUUUCACUCAGUUCAUUGAAUCAUUAUUUGUUUUUACUUUUCGCAGUCUUAACUCUAUUCUGUAUUACAAAUUUAAACCAAUUUUACAUUUUAAUGUUAUAUUAAUGUGUAAAUGUAAAUGUUAAAAUGUUUCUUUAACUUUUUUACUAUUCCUGCUUUUGUGGUUAUUUUCAUUGUAUGACUUUGUUUUUUAUAACCAUUGCAUUUUUGUCUUGUCUUUGACUAACUCUUUUUUAAACCAAUUUUUACAUUUAAGUUUGAGUUGUUUUCCUCAGCAGUAGAAUAAAUUAUGAACAGGUUCUGCCGCUUUUUCAUGUUGACUCAGUGGUUUUACUGUUUGCUCUGUAAAAACAAACUGAAAAACUGCUAGUUUUAGAUGUUUUUUUCAAAAAAUCACAAAACAA